AUGGUUAGAAACCGUGAGGACUGGGACAAGGUGGAAGAAAAGGCAAAAGAGUUACUGAAUGCAAGAUAGAUUGCCAAUAGGAAGCAGGAAGUGAGAAAAGAGACGGCACGCGCGCUAGCCAUAUGGAGAUAACAUUGAAGCCGUGGCUCAUUUUAAGCAGUAUUGUGAUGUGAAAGACCCCUUCUACAUUUACAAGAUAAACGACAAUACAGGCAAUCCAGACAGGCCUUCUUUUGUCUUCAAAUUGAGUACCUUAAAGGCGAAGAUUGCGAUAAAUAUGGAAAACACAAAAGAGCUAAAGGUUACGUUCCUCUUACAGCCAUUGUCUACCACCCCUUGCUUCGGCGACAAAUUCCUUUAGCCGCAAUGGAGGCGGUUUCAGAAAACACCGAAAAUGUAACACUAUUCUGGGAGCUAUUUAAUGAAGUCAUUGAAAAGGUUUCCAACGGUGAAAUAAAGCAGUUCAGAGCUAUAGGCUGGUGCACUGACAUGGCCGGUUCGAAUCUUAGUGCGAUGAGAAAGGUGUUUGGAGAAAACGUAGUUCACUGUAUCAAAACAUGCGAAUUUCACUUUCAACAGUUUGUCAACCGUCGUUGCCGAAAACUCAGCAGUUCUAAUGAAGGGCAGUUUAAAGACCUUUCACAUCAACUUCUAGAAUGCGUUACUCCAGAAUGCUACGACGAAGUGAAAAACCAGCUUAUGACAAUGAUUUCCCAGGAAAAAGAAGAGGACUAG